CCGCCGUACUUCCUGUGUGUAUCAGUUGAGAAAACCUCAAUGACAUAACCAAACUAUUGCAUUUUCUCUCACAGUUUUUUUGUUUAAUGUGACAAUAUGGGCGUCGUGUCCCAUCUUCUAGUUGGGCAGCUCUUCAAUGUGCUACUGAUUUACGCUGCGCCUCUUGCACCUGUAAAUAGCGUUCACCUGCCAAGCAUAGGUAAGUUGUUUAUAUGCAUUCAUUGCACCCAUUAAUUAUUUUUGAAGCAGAUUGCUGAGCUGUCAAAAUCAUGUUGCUUAGAAAAUGAAAGCGCAUGCUGGUAUUUGCCGUUUCUAAUUUAUUAUGUUCCAUUCUAUUAUAUGUGUUUAACAUCUAAACCAGGUUUUACUUCAGAAAAGUUGUAUAACCUAACCUCCUGCAAUUACAUAUUAAGUUGCAACAAAAAAAUAUAUAUAGUUACCUAUAGUUAAUAAGUCCUGGUCAUUUGAUGUGACUAGCUUGAUGUACAUCAUCCCCUACAUGUUAUAAAGUCGAUUGAUAAUAUGCCCAAUAAUAUUUCAAUUUCAGGGAGAUUCUGGCACAUCUCUGACCUGCAUUUGGACCCCACGUACCAUGUGACUGAUGACCAUACCAAAGUGUGUUUCUCCUCUAAGGGUGUCCCAGCCUUAAACCCUGGUCUGUUUGGAGAUUUCAUGUGUGACUCUCCCUACCAGCUCAUCCUGUCAGCUUUCCAGCACAUGAAACAAGUGGCCCCACAGCCAGAGUUUAUGAUUUGGACAGGGUUUGUAGCAUUAUAUGUUAUGAAGAACAAUAUGUAGUGUGCCUGCGAAUUUGUAUCCCUGUUUCAUAUACAACAAAAUUGGAGAAGUACAGUUUGAGAGGGUUAAAAAAACGAACAAUAGUAUAAUGCUUCCUCUUUCCUUUCAUUGGAUAACUAAAAAUGAUCUUGUCACAGAUGGAAUUGUUGUAAAAUAAGCAACAAAUCAGUGAUCUGUUGGAGUUCAGUGAAGCGUAAUCGAUGUCUGUAUAGCAGGGCUGCCCAAUUCCGGUCCUGGAGGGCCUCUCCUUCUAAUCAGGGACUAAUUCAAACCAGGGACACCAUGGGAGUGCAAUUAACUACCAGGUAGAAACUAAAACCAGAAGCUUUUCAGCCCUCCAGGACCGGAAUUGGGCAGCCCUUGUAUAGUGUAUCGUCUUGAACACUGGCGUAGCACACACUGCCGCAGCCUACGCAAGGAGAGCCCACGAUUGCAUAUGAACACGUCAUAAGCCAUGAUUUUGGGGGGGGGAAUUACAGGAAAUUAGCUUUAAAACAUUUUUUUUUUUUUAUCUCAACCUCAUGGGAAAAUGUGUUGAAUAGCACAAGUUAGUUCUAAAACAGCACCAUUUUUUCUCAGCCUCAUGGCAAAAUGUAUAACGAAUGCUUGGACCUUGUGCUAUGCCACUGGUCUUGAAUCAGCUCUAGGCUGCGUCUCAAUCCAAAAUAAAAUAAGUAAUUUGCACAUGCAGCCAAAUAAACCAUAAAUCAUCCAUACAAGACCUUCUGCUGAUAUGAAAAUAAAGUGGUAUAAAGUCAUUAUGCCAACGUGCAACAGCAUCAGAUAGGUGUGCAUACAGUAUGAUUAGAGUGAAGAGCAAUGCAUAGUAAAGGCUAUUAAACAUGGACUAAAUGCUAAGCUUAUGCCUGAAAAUAUGAAUCAUACAUCACAUGAAGGGAUAUGUACUGCAUGUGCAUGGUGAUAUGUCAGUUCAACUCAUACAUCUCCAGUUAAUCAGUUAAGCCUGACAUUUUAUUGGCAUGUAUAAUGCGUGUUAAGCAGAAUUAAUAUGCUUUUGUGAAAGGCCACUGCACCUAUAUUAAAAUGUUUUUAAAAAGCCAACCCCUGGAUUACAGGGAUUUAGGGGUAAUACAUGAGCAGAUCUUUGUUUUAUUUGAUUAAUUCAGUCCUGGGUUGUAAUAAGUUAUUAGAACAGGCUUAUUCCUCUCUUUCUCUCUUGCUCUCCUCCCCAGAGACAGCCCUCCACAUGUCCCUGCAGGGGAGCUGUCCACGGACGUGGUGAUCCAAGUCAUCAGCAACAUGACUCAAACCAUCAGGGAGUUCUUUCCAGACAUGCUAGUGUACCCCGCUCUCGGGAAUCAUGACUACUGGCCACAGGUAUUUGAUCUAUUCCAUCUAUGGGGAGGUGAUGGGGUGGAGAAGACCCGUGAUGCAUAGUCAUCAGGGAGAGAGACUCUGGGUCAAACCAGAGAUUGAGUCUGUACAUCUGAAAGAUGAAUGUUUCCUUGAAAUAAAUGAAUUUUUAGCAUAAAUGAAAGAUGAGCAGCAGCGGUUUGUCAUUUUCUCUCAUAAGAAUGUUUCUGUUUCAUUUUUGUCAGUCUAUAUGCCUACUGUAUUUCCAUAAUACAGUGAACAUUCUUUUCAGGAUCAACUUCCGACCGCCACUAAUGAUAUUUACCAGGCUGCAGCCAAACUGUGGGAGCCUUGGUUAAAGCCAGAAGCACUUGUAACUCUCAGAGAAGGUAAGCUGCUUGUGUUUAGAACAUGAGAACUAGUUUUAGGCCUGCUGAUCAGGCCUCUUGGUACCUGGUAUUACUCUGCAAUUGCAUUGUUUUUAAUGUACAUAAACAUUACAUAUUGAUAACCUUUGCAGAACUCAAAAUACCUUGACACAACACACAAUAACCUUACUUGACCCUGAAUUUUGUGUCUUUUGUAAAGGUGGAUUUUACUCUCAGUUGGUGCAGCCCAAGCUACGACUGAUAAGCCUGAACACUAUCCUAUACUAUAGCCCCAAUAAAGUGACAGUGAAUAUGAGUGACCCGGCAGGACAGUUCCAGUGGCUGCAGGACACCCUGGAAACAUCUGCUCAGAGCAUGGAGAAGGUAAAUAGGUCAUGGCCACAUUACUCUGUAGAAGGAAUAUCUCUCUGUCUAUCCAGGUGAGGAUGGCUUCUGAAUAGGCCUGCAUGGAUCCUAAGCACCCUUAUACGGAAUACAGGAUACUAUACAGCAUAUAACAUGGAAGACUGAUUAUAUCUUUUUAAAAGCAAUAUUAUUCUCUUAUUGUGCCUUAACAUGCUGUUCCUCCUGUCAUCCCUCUGUAGGUCAUUGUCAUUGCUCAUGUUCCAGUGGGUUACUUGCCCUUUGCCAGGAAUACCACAGCCGUCAGAGAAGCCUACAAUGAGAGACUUGUGAAGAUCUUUCGUGACUACAGUGACAUCAUCUCAGGGCAUUUCUAUGGCCACACUCACAGAGACAGCAUAAUGGUCUUGCAGGACCAGCAAGGUGAGUCACUGGCUAGUGUCAAAGCUAUGCGUUACUGUCAUCAAGGGAUAACUGACUGGGUCAGGACGAGGUUUGAACAUAAUUUUUUAUCUGAGAUCAAAUGAUUAAAUCUCCAUCCUACAAAUCAGUUUUCUGACGACUCAUACUGAAUUUAAUUCCACUGCUCUAUCUAUCACAACAUACAUUCAGUCUGAGACUGCCAUCGUAGAAGUCCUUUCUACUGACAUCAAAUUGAGGGGCGUUUUACAAAACAAGUGAUCAGCGAUUGGAUUGUCUUUAACCAAUCAAAAUAAAAUAAAAUAAACACUUGAGAGUUAAAAUGGUAGAAUACAUAAGGUGCAAUUUCAAAACUUUGUUGUGCAUCAGCAGUUUUCCUCUUGUUAUGUCACUCACUGACAGUCACUCAAUUAGCCCUUGUCAGUUAAAAUUUUUUAGAUUGGUAAAUUAGUCUAGCCAGCGAUCUAAACUUGAAGUAUUCAUGGCUAAGUUACGUCCAAUUACCUUGCCUCCAGGGGGCCCCCAUUGAUUUUGUUAGUCACUCUCACUCAGAUAUAUCACAUUAACAUGGCAUAAGUCAUUGCAAAAUGUGUAGAAUUGAAGGAAAUUAGCUUUUAAAACUGCAAAAAUGUCUCCCUACCCCAUGGCAAAAUGUGUAGAAUUUCAGGAAAUUGGCUGUAAAACUGCAACAACAAAAAAGUUAUGUAAACAAAUGUAUUUGUUUACCUUUUGUUAAUAAAAUACUUAUUCUGCUAACAGAUCCCUCUGUACGUUUUAAAUGAUAGGUUUUAAUCCUGGUUCUGUGUUAAUGUGUAGUGGCUAAUUUUAUUGCUUAUAGGCUAUGUGUUUGUAGAUUGACUGAGGUGAAUAAAGCUAUAGCAUCUAAUGGGAUAAUGGCUGGGGUAAUUUUUACUUGUUUUUGCUAUUCUCCAAAUAGCAUUUUAGACCUCACUAUAACUCAGACCCUGGCUACGGCCCUGGGCCCAACCCAUUUGUUUCUGGGACCAAUCCGAUCGGCUUGAAUGUGAUCGCAUUCGAGAAGUCGUCAGGGAGGAGAACAAAUCCAGAAUAAUCGUGGAGAAGAAACGUUAGUGGGCGUGGCGUUUGGCCGGAGCAAUGUGAAUUGGUAGCCAGGCAAACAUAUCACCGUGUGAACGAGGCAUCAUACACUGAGUGACCUUUUGUACCUUUCCAGCUAUAAUGACACAUUUAGAUCAUGUUAAACUCCACCUCAAGUUACUCAGACAAUCCAAAUCCACCUUUCAUCUCCUGUGGGUUCAGUGUUACAAUGACUGUCAGUGUUGGCUAGAAUCCCCACAAUGUUUGUCUAACUAGCUUAAUGCAAUGGAGGAGGAACUGAGGACGGAAUGCUUUUAGCCAUGUAUUUAUUGACACAAAUCAUCCUCAUUUGUUUGCUUUGAAGGGGAACCGGUUAAUUCCCUGUUUGUCACACCGGCUGUUACUCCAAUCAAGAGUGCAGAAGAGGCGUACUCCAACAACCCAGCCUUCCGCAUGUACCACUAUGACCCACAGGACUACGGGCUGCUGGUAAGUACAACCACCAUUAUCCAGGGGUUUUGGACAAUUCCCUUUCAUUUGAAUAUGUUUGGAAUGAUCCAUUCAUAAUGUAUUAUCAUCCUCAUGUCUAACCUUAUUAACACUCUCAAGGUGAUGUAGGUAGCCAGAACAAUUUUUGUCAUUCCCAUGCAGAGGCUAAUUCAGUUCUGCAUUUUCACUUUCCCUCUUAUUAUUAAGGUCCACACUGAUAUGUCCUUGUCUUGGUUUGUCAAAGUACAGAAAUCCCAAUGUGAUUCACGCUCAUACAGCAUAGAGCUCAGAGUAGCUUACAGGUGAUUUCAGCAUCCCCCUUAGACGGGAGCUGGAACAUGUUAGCACCGCAGUAAGUUCCACAGUCAACAUUGGGGAGGGCUUAGCCCUUGAAAAUCUCUAGUAGCUCUACUUCCUGGGGUAAUCUGUUAAGAAAAGGCCAGGCGGAAAAUAAGAAAGAGUCAGAAACAUCUUGACUACACUUGUUAAAAUGGGGAGCAUUCAGGUCAACGUCAUUAAGGUAAGUUAACUCUCAACCGCUUAACCAGACCCUAGACCCACAGCAAUGAUGUUCCUUAAUGAUUAAUGGUGCUGUCACACAUCACUACUUCUAAUCAAGGUACUCUCUGAGCGUGGGUUUAACAUGGUUUUGAAAUAGUCUAUCUCUCUCUGAAGGAUAUUUGGCAGUACUACUUGAAUCUCACCGAAGCCAACCAAGAAAAAAGAUCUGACUGGAAACUUGAAUAUGUAAUGACUGAAGCGUUUGGAUUAAAGGACAUUCAACCACACAGCCUGUUUAAACUUGUCUUGAGUUUUGAAAUGCAGCAAAGCAAAGCAUUUCAGAAGUAUUUUAGCCAUUUUAUGGUGAGCUAUGAUGAUACCAUUGUGUGUGAUGGGGCCUGCAAGCUGACUCAGGUCUGUGCGGUGCAGUUCUUGGACCAUGCCUCCUAUUCCAAAUGUAUUGAAAAGGGAUACUAAAACAAGGGGCAUUUUUUUUGUGUGAGUUAAUCUGAAAAUUCAGGGAUUUUAUUCAUGUUGUAGGGAUAUUUCUUAUGUUUUCACAUGACCAUGAAAUGUAAAUGUAUUUUUUAAAAUACUUUCAAUUUAAUGAUUACAAUUGAAGCAACUCUGAGGUCGAAAUAUGUAUACGAUACCUUGAAAUGUUGAUGAUUAUAUAAUUGCAAAAGGCCAGAUAUUUUGACAAACUUUUGUACUUUGUAUUGAUCUCUCUGUGAAAUGUGGAAAUCAAAGGGAUAUAUAUAACUAACUGCUAUGCACAUUGUAUGUUUAUUGCUUUGAAAAUAUCUGGCAGUUAUUGAAUAAACUCUAAAUUGUGAAUUGCCUUGCUUGCAGUACAAAGCAAAUUAGCUCUAAAUGAAACUGUUGCAUAGAAAGUGAGGGCAUUCAUGAGAAAGAUGCUUUUUUAUUUCAAUGCACAGCUUGUUUAUUUUUUUAACAAAUAAAAGAUGGCACAACAAUUUACUCUGC